AUGAAGGUUGCAGUUUGUAUCCUCAUUGCUUUCCUGGGUUUAGCCAAUGGCACUGGUUACGACUACGUAAAUGGUGGAGGGUAUCGGUCUGAGAGAUCAUAUGAAGUAGUUGGCAAAAGAGGCUCAGGAUAUGGCUGGGGCAAUGGAGGCUCUGGAUCUGGAUGGGACAAAGAAAGUUCAGGAUAUGGAGGUUAUGGAGCCUAUGGAUCUGGAUCUGGAUCUGGCAAAGAAAGUUCUGGAUAUGGAGGUUAUGGAGGAUAUGGAUCUGGACGGGUCAGUGUAGGCUCAGAAUCUGGAUUGGGUCAUGGAGGUUCAGGAUAUGGAGGUUAUGGAGGCUACGGAUCUGGAAAUGGCAAAGAAAGUUCAGGAUAUGGAGGUUAUGGAGGUUCAGGAUAUGGAGGUUAUGGAGGCUACGGAUAUGGAAAUGGCAAAGAAAGUUCAGGAUAUGGAGGUUAUGGAGCCUAUGGAUCUGGAUCUGGCAAAGAAAGUUCUGGAUAUGGAGGUUAUGGAGGCUACGGAUAUGGAAAUGGCGAAGAAAGUUCAGGAUAUGGAGGUCAUAGAGGCUACGGAUAUGGAAAUGGCGAAGAAAGUUCAGGAUAUGGAGGUUAUGGAGGCUACGGGUAUGGAAAUGGCAAAGAAAGUUCAGGAUAUGGAGGUUAUGGAGGCUACGGAUAUGGAAAUGGAGAGGAAAGUUCAGGAUAUGGAGGUUAUGGAGGCUACGGAUAUGGAAAUGGCGAAAAAAGUUCAGGAUAUGGAGGUUAUAGAGGCUACGGGUAUGGAAAUGGCAAAGAAAGUUCAGGAUAUGGAGGUUAUGAAGGCUCUGGAUCUGGAAUGGUCAGUGGAGGCUCAAAAUCUGGAUGGGGUCAUGGAAGUUCAGGAUAUGGAAGUUAUGGAGGCUAUGGAUCUGGAUGGGGACAUGGAGGCUCUGCUCAUGGAAUGGGCAAAGGAGGUUCAUCAGACUAUAGACAUAAAGGUAACGUGUAA